CAUUACUCAUUAAUCAUUUCACUUGACAUUUUACACAUUGAUUUAAAAAAAAAUUAACCAAACUUAUUGUUAUUUUUAAUUGGUGUAAUGUAGUGCUUAUAAAUUAUAUUUGUGAUAUUAAAUUAUUACAUUAUUAAGACUAAAUUAGAAGUAUGUCCCAAUCAAAUUAUCUGGGUUCAUCAGAAGCAAGUGAUAGACCGAUGCCAGUUAUGAAAAGUCUUAGAUCAUUGAGUAAUUUUAAAAAUCCUCCGCAACCUCAUAUGUGUAUAAGAGAUUCAACAAAGGAUGGUAAUGAAUUGUUUAUAAAUGUUUUAAGUUGGAACAAAAUAGCAAUGCCGAAGUCUGCACAAGAUCCGAUACCUCUUUAUGGUGGAAUGAGGGUGCCACCAACGAGUUCUAAUACACCUCCUUUAGUAUUUGCUGUAAUGGCCAAUCCUGAUAUAUUAAAGACAAAUGGACGACUGUGUAAAGAUCCUGUGGAACUAAUGGCACUUGUUGAAUUAAUGUGUGACUUUGUAGAAGCCAUGAAUCCCGGACUUGUUUUAAAAAGGCAAGCAGAAGUGCUGCCUGAACGAGAAUUAUCAGGUGAAUUAAAAGACGUCUGGACAGCAAUACAGUAUAAAAGAGAAAGUGAACAAAGUAUGAGCUACUUACUGUCCAAAUCAUAUCAGUCUGAAUCAGGAUUACAAUCUAACAUUCCCAAACAAGCAAAACUGGUAAACUCAGAUAUGAAUGUUAAAAUAUAUCACAUAGAUCCUAAUCCUAGUGAAAAUAAAGAUGAAACAAUAAGUAGUACUACAGCUGAUUGUCAAGAAGAUGAGUCCAAAAAUGAUAAAAAUAGUUCAUCUUUAACAUCUACAAACAAAAGUUUAUUAAAAAGUGGGAAGGAUUUUUUCCGAAAUGAUUUUUUUCCUCAAUUUAAAUCUAAAAAAUCUAUUGACAGUGAUGUAAAUAUUGAUAAAGAAAGUAGUAACAAUACCAAUAAUAUUGAAGUGACCAGCGGUAAUGUUAAUUUUGAUCCUGAUAUAAACAUUAGUAAAUUAAACUUAGAGUGA